CGAUCUGUCGUCUCGCAUUUGGUACGGCAAGCGUGCCAAGAUAACAGACGCCCGUACUUCGCUCUUCUCCCCGAAAACUGUGGUGCCGCCAUUAUCUCCGAGCGCUGGCUGGUCACGGCUGGUCACUGCAUAGAGUUCUUGAGAAGUAACCUAGUCUGGGUGGGAGGAGAUAGCAUACGAACCAGCAAGCUUUACACCAUCGAUGACGCGAUUAUCCAUCCGGGAUUCUCGUUGCGUCCUGUUGUUAUAAAUGAUAUUGCGCUCGUACACUUGUCUAAGCCGUUGACGUUCAGUGACACUGUCCAACCUAUAAAACUCCCUGGGAUGAAACAUCAGUUGAAUACUGUUCAUACUUUUUACGGGAUGGGAAGGGAUCAGACGGGAAUAUCGACCGAAUAUCUGAUGACUAUGAAAGUCCGAACUCUAGACAUGGAAUCAUGUUUAUCUUAUAUGCCAGAUGGGUUCUUCUAUGAGCCUUAUUUGGAAUUGAUGGAUGAAGUCACUGUGUGCACAAAGCGGACUCUAGACUCAGACUUGCCAGGAGUAUGCCAAGGUGACUCUGGCAGCCCCCUUGUUCGGAACAAGACUCUCGUCGGUAUCGCCUCAUACAUAUCGGAUAAAUGCGCGGUAGCCAAAGUGGCCAUGUUCGCCAACGUCGCCACCUAUGUCGAAUGGAUCCAAUCCAUCACGGGUGUCGGUGUACCAGCGACGACGACGGUGGCGCCAUCGACGGCUGCAGAAGAUCACGAAGACUAUGAGGAUGAUGAGCUGAUUAUGCACAGGAAGUUUCCCGCGCGUAAUCGUAAUGCAUAAAUCAACUGAUGACUCGCGUUGAAAUUAAUUGUUUUUAAAUGGAUAUUAAAAAAUACAUACAUACA